GGUCAGUAGCGCGCAGGUGGCCUGAUUAUAUGACCGUCUAGACGCGAGGCUAUCGGCUAUCAGAUACGAUAGUCCAGCCUUAGCCUCUCUUGCAAAAAAUAGUCACGGCGUCUAUAGUACCAUAAAUAAUGCCAUUUGAACUUUGAACCCUUGUACCUUACCAGGGCAGGGCCAAUUAGAUCUAUCAACAGUUCAGCGAUCAGUCGACAGUCAGUCAGUGUGUUUUUAAGCGUUACAGUGGCCUACUGUAUGAACAACAAGUGUUCCUUUACCGCUCGUUGACUUGAUUGCAAAACUUCUUGUGAAUGAUAGUACCAUGACAUCCAAAUUGAGAUUUCCACCACCAAAAGGAUUUGUCGCUCCUGGAUUUGAAGAUGUAUUAAACACAUUUAGGGACAGUUUUUCCAAGGGCAUUGACAAAGGAGCAACUUUUGCAGCUUUUUACAGAGGAAAACCUGUUGUCCACAUCUGGGGUGGACUAGCAGAUGAGGAGGUGAAACGACCAUGGAAGGAACACACCAUGGGCUUCUUACAUUCUACCACCAAAUUUGCAGCUGCUAUAACAAUAGCUCACAUGAUUGACAGAGGACUGUUGAGAUAUGACCAAAAGAUUUCUUCUAUAUGGCCAGAGUUUGCUCAGAACGGAAAGGAAGACAUCACCUUGGAGACUUUUAUGUCCCUCCGGUCAGGCCUUCCUGUUCUGAGUGAAAAUUUUGAGAUUAGUUGGCUGAGAGAUGACCCGAGGCGUCUGUGUGAGGUGCUGGAGAAACAAGAGCCGCUGUGGCCACCAGGAGAGGCACAUGGGUAUCACGUACUGACCAUAGGCCUGUACUUGGACCAAAUUGUUCGAAGAGUGGACAGAAAAAAGCGAAGCUUGUCACAGUACUUUCAAGAGGAAAUUGCUGAACCCUUUGGUAUAGAGCUGUAUAUUGGACUCCCCAAACCUUUGCACCACAGAGUAGCACGAUUAACCCCUAGGCCCAUAGAUCGCCAAAAUAUGGAACUGAAAGUAAAGCAAUUCAAAGGAGAUCCAGUCAUCAAUCAGUUGUCACUCACCCAGCCUAAAGACUGGUUUUCUACAAGGCGUCUCAAUGACCCAGACUUCAUGGAGUUACCGUGCCCGUCAUCUCAUGGCGUAGGAACGGCCUUGGCUGUUGCAAAGUUAACUGGAAUUAUGGCGAAUGGUGGAGAGCAUGAUGGGAAACGACUUUUAUCUCCCGAGUCCAUCGCUCGCAUGCAGGAACCGCUGUCCUAUGGAACUGAUAAAACUCUCUCUGGCUCUGAAAUCUACAGUAGGGGAACCAUACUGCAGCCUGUAGUAGAAGGCACUAAGAGCUGGUACAUGUUUGGUCACUCUGGCUUUGGGGAUCAGAACAGUGCAGCUGACCCACACUACAAGGUGGGCUGGGCGUAUCUUACAAACUAUGCUGAUCCCAACGUUAGCAUGACCAACGAGAACAAGUGGCGCCCUCUAGUGGAGUCUCUCUUUUCCUGUGUCCACCGCUUGGAAGGAGUCCAGUGUGAGAGGAAAAUGCUGACGUCUUUCGAGGAGCUUCAAAGAGAAAAGUCGCUGACGAAUAGUAAAUUAUGACCUGCUCAUACAUAUUAAAAAUUAUUAUUUUCCCUUUUGAUGGGGGGGGGGGAUGUUUAUAAACAGACUCGCUACACUUCAGCGAGAGGUGCUAACUCUAUAACAACAGAAUACUGUAUACACACACGUAAUACCUGAGAUGUACACGUUUGAUAUUUACAUUGGAAUUAUUGUCUUUUUUUUCUUUUCUGUUUUGCUUGUUCUAAUGAACUACAUGUUUUGUCUUUGCAAAGACUUAUUUUUGUGUCUACCAGGAGAAUGCUAAACCACUAGCACCAUACUUCUGUGAUAAUAGCUAUCUCCUUUGUGAACAAAUUGAGUGUGUAUGCACAAGCAUAGUUUUCGCACUUUGCUGCAGAUAACAAAGUUGCAUUGAUGACUCACUGAGUUAAUCUCAAAUGUUAAAUGAGAUGAAUCAACCACAAUCAUGGGUGAACUCUUCACUUGUGAAGCCAUAAUUAUAUGUCUGGCGUUGCGGUGGAAUCGGGCGCUCGUCAAUUUUUGGGCUUUUACUUUUAUUGUUGGUAUCAUAUUAGAGCUUGUUCUUUGUCUUGCUAUUGAUGAAAAUGAUACCCAUCCAUAUUGAAAACAAUUGAGAUACCUGCAAUUGAAAGAGGUGGGGGUCGCCUGAUGUCAGAGGUCAAAUUACUGAAAAGAUUUGAGAGUCCUUGGAAACUGCGAAUUUACAAUUUUUGUGUGGUUCUAAUCCAUGUUUUUCAGUAAAAUUCUGAUUAUAAUGUGUCUUCAAAUGGACAUAAAAGGUGUUGAGGCUCUCAAAACUUUCAUAUGAAUUGCUAAAUGGGUGGAAAAAUGCUUCUUCCUUCGAUUUUAUUAUUUUAACGAGCGUCUUAUUUCACCUUGAUGCAACAUGUAUGCGUGCAUGCCUGAGAAAAAGAUUCACCUAUGCAAUUUGUUACUUUUGUAAUUUCUUGCAUUUCCUCAUGACUCUGUUUUAAAAAUGUUCAGAUCUAAAUACCUCUUUAGACAUGGUCACUUUUGUGAAUGAGUAGUGCACCUACCGCCACAUUUGAGAAAGACAACUUUAACCAUUUAACACCUGGAGUGGCGUUGUGCGGAGUCGAUCGAAUCGCAUCUAGAGCUAUGCUGCCCAGUGAAUCAAUCGCUGGGUGCACAACACUGCCUUGGUAUGCAUUUCUAUGAGGUCUUGGAAUAAUGUCUGAUUAGAAGUGACUUAAAAAUUAGGCUGUAUAGCGAAAGUAAAGUUGUUCUAUUUUUCAGUUUUUGAAUGAUCGAAAUUGAC